AUGAACUCCACAGUCGAGGAAGUGUUAAGAUUUGAAGACGCCGUGCAGAAUAUUUUGAACUUUGUUGUUUCACAGUAUUUCAGUUUGUUUUACCUUGUUUGUGUGAUAACUUCGAAAACUUCAGAUAUUAAACCAAGACUUAGUGGCUUCAAUCUUUAUUCAUUCGAAUAUGAAAACUCAAGCAAGGAAUCAAGAGAUAAUUUUCGUAAAGCUGUUGAAAGUGGAUGUCAAAGUUUUGUCAUUUCAGACGACGCUAUUCUUAGCUUUAUGUGGGACUUUCGUGAUAUCCAUGACGAUUGUAUCCAAAGAUUUCCAAACAAGCAUAUUAUUGUCUAUCCCACUCAAGCUAAAGGAAAAUCUCAAAAUCUAAUUAGUAGUUGGAAAACAAUUUCAUCCAUUGAAGAUUUACCGAACAUUUUGCUGGUUGAAUACCAAGAGCUGACGCAAACUUUCUCGUUCUUAACAACAAAAUAUGCGGGCAACAACAAUGACAGCACUGACCUCGUAAUGUUGUCGGAAAUUUAUAUUAGUGACAACCCCAGGAUGAAACUACAAAGUGUUAAACUUUUCCCAGACAAAACUUCUAACUUACAAGGUAGAGAAAUUGUUUUAGCAAUUUUCAACUACAUGCCUUAUGUUUUAUGGAAAGAAGUGGUUGGCGUUGGUGCUUUAUAUUCUUGGUAUCAUGAAAGUCUUUAUCUAUCGCUUUCAAAAUAUAUCAGUCGAACAGGAAUAACUUGCAUAACACCAAAACCUGGAUUACUUUCACCAAUUUCUACCCACAUUUUGCCAUUCUCAACUGAAUUAUGGAUUGCAGUGAUUGUUUCAUAUUUUAUCUGUGCUUUGUUGUACAAAACAUUAAUCUUUUUUCGAAAUGACAACGACCAAAGCUUGAAUAUUCAAAGCGAUGAAAGUUUAUCUAAAAUAUUUCUCGAUAUGUUGGGGAUAUUUGUGCUCCAUUCAGUAGCAUUAAAAUUCAAGCAGUUUGCGGUCAUGAUAUUCAUAGCAGCUGUUCUAAUUGUAGGUUUGCUAAUUGGAAACUCGUACUCAUCUGCUAUGGCUUCAGUCCUAACAAUUCCACACUACGAAAAAGGAAUUGACACUGUUGAAGAGCUUGCAGAUAGUGAUACAGAAUGGGGUUCAACACAUGAUGCUUGGAUAUUUUCUCUUCAACUUGCAACACAGCCCAUGAUACUAAAGCUUCUAGAUAAGUUUCGAACAUUCUCUAAAGAGAUUCUCCAAUAUCGUGGCGUUAGGCAAGAUAUAAGUUUCAGCAUUGAACGGCUUCCUUACGGUCACUACGCAGUCGGUGAAUAUGUAACAGAGGAAACAGUCAAGAACUAUCAAAUCAUGUUGAACGACAUUUAUUAUGAACUUUGUGUUGCUAUGAGCACUAAAACUUGGCCUUUGAUGGAACAAUUGGAUGAUUUGAUCUUACAAAUAGCACAAAGUGGAAUUCAACAGUUUGUUGAGCUUGAUGUUGUCACGAGAAAUACAAAUAACAAAAUCCAAGCGGAAAUUGCACUUUCAAGACAUAGAGAUAAUGUUGGACCAAUUAAUUUAUCUCCAUCUCAUGUUAUUGGACCUUUUAUCCUUCUUGGAGUUGGAUUAACUUUUUCAUCAAUCGUUUUUAUUUCAGAAAUAUUAAUUAAACGAAAUGCAAGAAUGAAAUGUUUAAAAUAA